UUUCCCACACCAAUUAUACAAAUACGGAUUAAACCCCCAAAUCGUGAAACGGAGUUAAUUUGCCGUUAACAGAUGAUGAUUAGGACGACACGUAAGCACUAAAACGAUUGCGUUUUAGCACUAAACCCAUCGUUUUACAGACACAAAACGACGUCGUAUAACGAAUUGGGGGUUUAUUCGAUUUAGGGUUCUUAUUUCUUCUUCCUUCGCAAAAGUGAGAAACUGAAACAAAGAGAAACACUGAGAGAUCGAGAAUCGAAGCUGUUGUAGCUGAAAUGGGUGAAAGAGGAAGAGGAUUUCCGAAGAAAUGUAGAUGUGGAGAGAAUGCAUUUUUGAGGACAUCAAAGACUGUGAAAAAUCCAAGGAGACUUUUUAAUGCUUGUCCAAAUGGAGAUGAGAAUAGUCGUGGUCACUUGUUCAAGUGGACAGAUGAAUCAAUGGUUGAAGAGAUUGAAGAUAUGAUUCCGAGAAUUGAUGAUCUUGAAGGUGCUUCAUUGACAUUAAGAAAAGGUUUACAAGUAUGCGAAUCAGAAAUGGAAUCUCUUGCAAUGGAGACUCGCACCUGUGAAGUGGUGAUCUGCGGAUUUGAGAAAGAGCUAAGGGGUUUUGAGAAAGAGCUUCAAGGAUGCAAGAUGGAAUUGCGUGGGUUGAAGAACAUUAUGGUUUGUGUUGUGUUGAUGGUUCUUGUUUAUGUGUUUGUAUUGUAAUGUGUAUGGUAUGGUAGAUGUACAAGUUAUUG